GCUACUUCGUUUGCGUCGACGAUCGCUGCCAGUAGAAAGUCGUUGGCAGUUGGUGGGUGCGGUUGAUUCGCGUGAGUCAGAGAAAAGUGCGUCGGUUAAGUUUUGCGAGAAAGUUUUUCGAGCAGUUACGAGGUGAACGAAGUGAACCAACGUGAUAGGAAAGAGAGUCAUCGUUAUUGCGAUCGUUUGAAUUUUACAUUUCGUCGUCUUAUCGAUUCUCGCUGGCAUCCCAGGGAUCGGAGAAACGAUUUCGAACGAGUUUACGAUCGAAAAAGAUUACGAUCGCAACACCUCUAACUUACGAAGGAUUUAUCUCGUCACAUUUGCGAGAUCAUCCUAACGAAAUCGAAAAUUUUCGAGGAAAUAUAAAACGAUUAACGCAAAGUUUCGAUACGUUGGAACAGUUCGUGUUAAAUUGUUUCCGAUAUUUGCGGAACAGCUAUCGAAAAACUCUCGAUAUUUUUCCUCGCACUGGAGUGUCGACGAACGAAUAUUACGCGCGAUCGUACGACGUGGCGGCGACGCCAUUUUGUGAAGACUCCUGUGUGCGUCCCGUGAGCAACGGUCUCACUCGAGUCAUAACCCUUCGAACCACGGAAAGAAUAGUGUUUUCUUUCGGCCGCGUCGUCUCUCGACUGUCUCGGGAACGGAAGAAGUGGAGGAAGAAGAGGAGUGGUUUAACAUCGACAAAAUUUUACCAUAGACCGUUCGUCCUGGGUCAUAUCGCAUAGCAACCAUGAGACUGGAAAUCGUGUCAGCGGCGGAUUUUUUGGUGCAUUUAUUGCGUCUUCAAACGGGUCAGCUGUCCGAACGUCAGCUGGAGAUGUUCAAGUCCUCUUUAACGGAGGUACUACGUCACCGUUACAGGGAUCACUGGUUCCCAGAUCGUCCAAAUCGAGGUUCUGGCUAUCGUUGCAUACGCAUUAAUGGUAAGAUGGAUCCUGUAAUUGCACAGGCAGGUGCAAACGUUGGGCUAUUACCAACAGUAUUGCAUAAUUUAUUUCCAAGCGAGCUCACUAUGUGGAUCGAUCCGUCGGAAGUAUCAUACAGAAUCGGAGAAAAUGGAUCGAUUUGCGUAUUAUACGAGCGUACAGAGCCCGAACCAGAAGAGGCUCAACAACAUCAACAUCAACAUCAACAUCAACACCAGCACCAGCACCAACAUCAGCAUCAACAUCAUCAACAGCAGCAGCAACAACAGCAACAACAAUUUGAAAGUUGCAAAGAUUCGCUACUGUUGGAACACUCGCAAUUUAGCGAGCAAAUCGCCGCAUUCGUUUCCAGUUGAAGCGUUUUUCGGCGCAGGUUCACCGAUGCGAUAAAAAUCGCAUCUCGCUUCAUUUCCAUUGGACGUGCAUCACGCUCUCGGACUGAUCAAAGCAUAUACGUUUCGUGAUAUGUGAUCGCGUUCCUCUGGUCGGGUGAAUAUUCGGGCUCGUGCACACGAACGCGCAAUUCUGCUCUACCCGAGUCGAAUUCCUCCAAAAUUAUAAGUGUAACAAGCUCUUUCGUGCACAUCGUUUAAAAAGAAAAAAAAAAAAAAGAAAGAAAUGAACAAGAAAUGUGUAUAAAAAAUGUGUAUAACUGUUUUUCGGCCGAAAUCUGAAUUAUCGAAGAAAUUCGUCCAAACACGUAUUUGUCUGACGGAGUUCUCGGCGUUUUCUCGACGGGUUCCUGACGAGUCCCAACGAUCAUGAUCACAGUUGACUCUAGUCCAAUUAUACAUGUAUACGAGUCAUCCUGAAUUUUCGUCAAUCGUGCGCGAAAAAAAGAGAAGGGUACUCGUAGCAAGAAGAAGGGGAAAGAAGUGUUGUCUCACCAUCAUUCGUUCGAAUAUUCGGAGAAGAAUACUGCGCGUUCGCGUAACGUCGUGUGUAUCUAGACCAGCGGUCCUUUAAACGUCCUGAAACGUGUCUCGCAAGAAGAUUCAGAUUUUUCCAUCUCAGAUAUUAUGCUGGAAAUACUGGCUGCUGGCGAGACCGGGCCUGCAAAAGUGAGAAAAAAAAUAUGGGCGAGCUCCGCGAGGAUCUCUCUCAGUCCGACAAAUUGAUCUCAGCUCUCCUCCCCGCGUAUAUUUCUAUUUAUUUCGAAAAGAAGUUACGCCUGGAUAGGGGAACAACGAACCAGUCUGACACUCGCUUCUCUAUUCUCACGAGAGGGAAAAGCGAAAUGAACCUCUCUCCCUCAAGAAGAAUUCAACAACGUGUUUUUACCGUCAUAAAAAAAUCUCUUUUCUUCCACAUCGAACAUCUUUUCUUUUUAUAUAUCAAUCUAAUUGAUUUUAUUCUUCUGAGCCCUCAUGUUCCGGUGUUCUCGUGUUUGUCGAUAAGCGAAAGGCGAACAUCGAGGAAUAUGAAAUAAAAAAAAAAAAAAGAGAAAAAGAAGGACAAGCAAUUUUUACUUUCUAAGUGGAAAAUCGACGAACAAUAUACUAUAGGCUGCAUUCUCUCUUCUGUCCGCAUGGUCAUCACGCUGUGGUCGUCAAGGAUUUUUUUCUCCCUAACCUCGCACUAUCAAUGCAAAUUACCACCGAGCCACACACAAACACAAAACACGUAUUGUAAAAGACAAAAAAUAAUUCGAAGGAAAAAGGAACAAACGUAUAUACAUUACAUGUCAUCGCAUCGUCGAACACAUUGAAGGAAUCUGUUUAACAACAAUCAACAAUUAUUGAUCGAUCGAUUUUUGAUUUUCUUCUUUGAUCCGGAACUUUUUUUUUUUUCCAUGGAACGCGUACAUGCUAAUAACGCAUGAUAGAUGUCUAUCAUUUUAUAUCCUCGGCGUCAUUGGCCCGUAUUUAUCCGUUCUUGGAUCAUCCAUUGCCAUUCUUUCAUUGGUCGUCGACUAUCGAGCAACCAUUAAACUCGAAUCACACGAAUAGCAUCGUUGACACAAAAAAGAACACACGUUACACUUCAUACGUACAAACCUUUAAAAAGCGUGAGUUUAUAUGUACAUAUAUAUAGUUAUUAUGUAUGUAGAAGGCACAUAAUGCGCAAACUUCGUUUUCGUCCGUUUGCGCAUAUAUGAUAUGUCAAAUUGUAUAUUAUCUGUUUUCUGAGCAUAAAAUGGCAAUGAAUGUGAGCAAGAAAGAGAGAGAGAGAGAGAGAGAGAGAGAAAGAAAUGAAUGGAAAUGAGGGAGAGAAAAAGAAAGAAAGAAAGAGUGAGAUCGUGUAUAUGAAUCUAGAGUAAAUGAGAGUAAGAGAAAGAGGGGAUAUGUAUCGUAUGCAUGAGAGAGAGCAAAUGAACAAAUAAAUAUGAAACAAAUAACUGUGAUUGACUUUGCAUGAGAUGAGAAGGCGUGUUUCGUGCAUAUCGGAUAAUUAUCUUUUCUGGUGUUUCGAACGUGACAGAAUGAUCGAAUGGAGGGAAGAAUGUAUGUUGACACGAAUGAAAACGAAUGUAAAAUGGAUAUCGUCACGUGGUUAAUUUUCAAUCAUUCAAUUCAAAUUUGACAAUAAUAUCUUUCCUUUUCAAAAAUUUACUUUUUUUUUUUUUUUUAAAUCGAUUCAGCUUUUUUAUUUUACAAAAUUGAUCUACUUAUUUAUUGAUUUAAUAACUUUAUUUCGCUGAUCUAUUAUAAAAAAAAAUAUAUAUAUAUAUAUAUAUUGCUGGAUUGUUGCAAUUUAAUUUAAUUUUAAUCGGAUAUAUAUAUAUAUAUAUAAUGCAAUAGGAAUCUGGUGCGUAUGAUAAAGAAUAUAAUAUCUAUAUAUGGGUUUCAAUUUUACUUAUAAAGGACUUUUUCAAUACGAAAAUUCUGAUUUUUUUUUUCAACUUUGCAGAUUUGUAAGCUUGUAUCUAACAAUUUCUCUUUUUUUUUCCCCCCCUCAUUAUUUAUUUUUUAACCUUUCAAUUAUAAUUAUUCUAUGUCUUCCCAGAAUAAUGUGCAAUAAAAAUUGUUAAAAACUCGUACUUAAAAUAAAAAAAAGAAAAAAAGAAAAAAAAAUAAAAAAGCACUCUCAUAGUCAAAAAACGUAUCUUACAAAUGUAUAUAUAUUCUAUAAUUGGACAAUUUAUAUUACAAUACGAAUGAAAUCGUACUAUUUUUAUUUGAACAAUUUUCUUUAUAUUCAAAGUAUAAAAAAAAAAAAAAAUGAAAAAAAGAAAGAAGAAAAGAAACGCUUUCAAUUUUAAUUUUUUUCAUUUUAAAAAAUCGAAUAUAUAAAGAAAUUGUUUGGUACCAACGAAAGUUUUUCUUACAAAUUUAUAAUGUUAAAAAAAAGAAAAGAAAUCCGAAUUUUCAAAAUUUACACAAGUUUUCUUAUUAGCAAUUCUAAUUGUUCCAAGAUGAAAUCAUUCGAUUAUAUACAUAUGCUCGUAUAUGUAUAUAUAGAUAUGUGAUCGUUUCGUCAUGGGUUCUUCGAUGGCGUGUCUGGCUUACCUGAUAAAAAGAAAAAAAAAGAUAUCGAAUAACAGAUAACAAAGACGAAAAUCAUCCAAUGAUGUAUCGUUGAUAAAAAUUAUAUUUUCUUUUUUCUUUCGUUAAAACACAUUUUAAUUAUUCGGAACACUCGCGUGAAUAUUACGCAGUAAAAUUGAAUCAUGGUGUGCAAGAAUUUGAGAGAAUGCCGUUCAUUUGAUGUGACUAUAAUAUAUAUAUAUAUAUAUAUGGAAUAGUGAAGAAGUGUUGUAUGUUAGAGCAAAAAAAAAAAAAAAAAAGAGGAGAGAGAAGGGAAGUGUGAUUGUGGAAAAAAAAAAAACAGAGCGAGAUGGAAAAGGCAAGAAUUCGCGUUCGGUAUGUAGCAAUUAUUAUAGAAACCAUGUCUGUGAUUAUAUUAAAAAUAAAGAGACAAUAUGAGCAAUUCUCCGUAUGCGAACGACCUAAUUAAAAACACGUGUAUACGUGUCUGUAUUGGAUCACGUAUACAUGCGUAUUUGUAUUGUACCAAUAUGUAAAAGUAUAUAUGUAUAAAUAUGUUUAUAUUGAAAAGCAUGCUUGGCAAUUUUAAACGAAUUAAGAGUUUAGAUUAAUUUUUUUUUUUUUUUCUUUUUAGCGAUCAAUCUCAACGUAUCGUGCAUUAUAUUGUCCAUGAACUUGUUAUUUAUAUAUAUACACAUUGAUUCGAUUUUCUCUUAUUCUCUUUUUUCGCAUUUUUUUUUUUUUUUUCUAUUCAUGUAACAAACAAGUUGCAUUUUAUGUUGGAAAGGGUUUGAUCGUUUUUCUUAGUCAGUCAUUUUUAGUUCUUUUUUUUUUCUCCCUCCCUUGUAUACAUUCGUUUCGAUUUAAUUUACAAUUGAAGCACACAUAUUCGAUAUUCGAUACGAUCGUUCGAUUAAAAUUGCUAAAAAAAAAAAAAAAAAAAAAAACAUGCUCAGUUUGCGAAAUUGUAACCGAGCGCGCAAACCACAAGAACAAACGAGAAGAAAGAGAUUUGAAUCCCGCUCUUUCGUUUCAAAGAUCAGAAACGCAAACCGAUUCUCUCUGAACGACCAUUGGAAAAUCUGUCGAAAGUAACACGUUAGGUUGAACCGGGUGAAAGUGUGAGAGUCGAACGGCGGCGUAGAAAAUCUCGCACACCGUAUCAGUACUUAUUGUACAGUACAGAUUUUAAAUAAAAUUUAGGAGAAAAGAAAAAAAAAAAAUGUUCCUUUUCUAUUUUAUUUGGUUAGACUCACGAAGAUGGCAAAAAUAUAUUAUUCGAGACAUAUAGGGGCACACACACAUCCUUUUUCAUAACGAUUCCUUUGAAUUUGCGUAUACGUAGAAUAUUAAUCACGUCCAAGAGACGAACGCAUACGAAACGUAUAUAUAAUAUACAUAUACACGCAAGUAGCAAGAGAGGUGCAAAACACUGUUUCAUGAGUGAAUUGUAAUUACUAUAUAUACAUAUAUAUAUAUACGCAUAUAUUAUAUAUACAUACUUAUAUGUAUACAUAUAUAUAUAUACAUCUUGUAACUAUACAUAGAGUCCUUCAGGAAGAAUUUGUACAAACCCGCUGGAAUAAGGCACCAGCAAGUCUGUGAUUUUAGCUUGGUUAAUUCAGUAUUUUUUUAAAUAAAGUGAGACAAAAUCAAGAUAAACGAUAAAAAAAAAAAAAAAAAGAUUCGAACCGCGAGAGAACUCGUGCAUGAUACAUGAGCGAGAGAAAGUUCUGUAUGGGGAAAAAAAGCUGUCGAUCAUUGUGUAUGUUAGGGCCAGAAGUAGUGGGGACGAGGACAGGAGUGGGAGGGGGGGGGGAUCGUGGGCGAAUGUGUGGCGUGCGUGCAUGAGGGGAAAUAGGAGGGAAAGGUGAAAAAAAAUUGUAAAGUGCAAACGGGAAGAUAUUUAUUACGUAUACAUUUGACGCGAUAUAUAUGUACAAAAAUUUAAACGUAAAAUUUUUCUUACUCGAAAGAAAAUUGUUGCAAAUAAAUUGUGAUCCCAACUUUUGCUAGAAUUGUAAAUACGAUGUUAAUGUAUACGUAAUAUAUUUCGAUCGCAAGAAAUGA